GUGUGUACACCCAAUAGUACAGGUGAUUGUCUUCCUAUCAGACGGUUCAGGACGCUCUCUAGUAAACGGCUUUUCUUAGCAACAGAAAAAUGUCUUCCGUUCAGCCACAGCUCGAUUAUUUGAUGGCCUAUUGGAAUAAACCUUGUGUAAUCACAUACCCAAUUCCUCCAUACUUAACACUUCGGAUGAACAUAGAUUUUCAUCAGGGUCCUCCGUUCCCAAGACCUAGAUUGUUGUUGAAUAAGAUCAGAAAGUUUUCUUCAGCAAAAGAUGGGAGAUAUUCUAGGCCCGAUGGAGAAGAAGACAUGCGAUUACCUGGAAGGCCCUAUGAAAAAGAAAAAUUUGCAAAAGAAAUAGUCUAUAGAAAAACAGGAAGCGAUCAAACAUCUCAAAUUUAUGAUGCGAGAAACAAAUUGAUCGAUUUUUUUUUUUGGGAUAACCCUCAACCUGGACAAAUGGCCUUCCAUAAACAAAAUUCAGAAGAAAGAGAUGGGAGAUAUUAUAGGCCCGAUGGAGAAGAAGUCUUGCGAUUACCUGGAAGGGAAGUCUAUAGAAAAAGAACCAGCCAAACAUCUCAAAUUCAUGAUGACCCCUCAUAUUGGCUAAUGGCCACCCAUAAACAAAAUUCAGAUGGAGCAAAGUUUGUAAUUACAAUUUAUGGUCCUCAAUACAUAACAAUUCCAGUUACUUUGAAAAUCGAAGACAGAAACCUUUACCUCGCCUGCAUUAAUGGAGUCCUGACACUAGAGGACCCGAACGACAACGGUGAAACCCUUGACACAAUACAAGGCUCAACAAAAAGGUUUCUGUUUUUACGACCAAGACCAAACGGCCAAAUUGUUACGUUUGAGUCAGUUAUGUCCCCAAAAAUGUUCAUCUCCACCGACAUGAGUGAAACAUCUCCAGUAGAGAUGUCGAAAAGUUCGGAUCAGGCAAAGAUUGUCGGUUUUUUUAUUGAUAAAGAAGUUCGCAGCUUUAAUAGGGUUAGAAAUAAUAAUCGUUCUAUGCAAGCACCAAUGGAGAUACCGGAAUGCUUACAAGAAUAUAACCAACAGUUGGGGAAUACUUAUGAAAGGUUUACAUACAGACCCUAUGGAAUAUUGGGUUUUGGUAGACUAGACAUUUAACCACUUAAAACGAAUGUCCCCCAAGGAAAACUUUUUUUUUUUAAAUGGCAAAAAAAAAAA